AGUGUUUCCCAAAACGUUAAAGAAAAGGUGGGAGAGGGUGCAAAGUUGUGAAGUGAGGAAGAAGGUGUGUUGAGGAGGGAAUCAAGGAAUCUUUUGAAGGAGGAAGAGAGUGAAGAGGUGAAGUGUUGGUGGGUUUUGCUUAGAUUUCUUCUUUGUGUUGAAGGUUUGAAUGGUGGGCCAUGAGUUAUGCUGCACUUGAAGUUUCUGGUUACCUAGAUGCCGUUUACUUAGACUUUUAGGGGAUCAUAUUCUGAUUUGUGAUUUGGGAGGAAACUGGACAUGAGUAUGCUUGUGGGGAUAUGCUCGAACCGCGUGAAUCUGAUAUACCUGUCCUGUUUCUGGUCCUGGUUGUACUUCCGUUGGUGGCUUACAUCUUACUUGGAAAAUGGAGUGAGACAACUAAGAAGAGAGAUAGGAUAAAUUUACUUGCUCAAUUGGCUGCUGAAGAAUCUCUGAGAGCAGAAGAAAUGGCCGUUGCCGAUGUACUCCCUCCAGUGUCUUCUUCAAAGAGUGAACUUCAUGGGUGUGCUAGGUGCUCUGCUCCUGCGAGAACUCGCUGCUCAAGAUGCAAGACUGUUAGAUAUUGCUCUGGGAAUUGUCAAAUAAUCCAUUGGAGGCUAAGUCACAAGCAAGAAUGCCAGCAAUUGGAGACUCAUAAACCAAGUUCAUUUCCUCUGGGUAUUUCAGUUGAGGAUUUUGCUCAUGGGAGUGACUUUUAUGAAAAUUUGAACAACCAGUACUUUGCUCACAGUUUGACUUUAAGGGAGAAUGCACCUUUGGACAAUUUGGUUCACCCUCUGACAGGCACUGGUGCUUAUGCUACAGUUGAUUUUUCCCUAUUCAACAAUCCCCAACCUUCCACUUUUGAAAGAAGAACUUCCCAUAAAUCCAACAGAGAAACACGUAGAAGAGAUAAUGGGUCCAUCUAUGAGUCUUAUGAUUAUAAAGCUAAUGGUUCUCUCUCUUCAAAUGUGGCAUCAAAGGAGGCAUUUAUGAGACCGAAGUCAAGAAAUAACGAUGAUUCUGUGUUGGAGGAAGAAACUUCAAAGGUCAAUUCCUGUGGCAUUGGAGCUUAUGUUCCCGAACAAGAUGUAUUAAGAGGCACGAUCCAUGACGAUGAUAACUAUCAAUGUCAAUAUGGAAAUGCAUUUGUAACAACAAACAAAUAUGAACGCUUAAGUAAUUCAAAUGCUGCAAACAAUGAUGAAUGUGUAGAUGAAUUUGAAUCAGACAUUGCCACUAAAGCAGGAAAUGUAGUCAAAGGGGGAAAUUAUCAUUCUGAUGAUGCGGCACAGUUCAAAUGCUCUCCAGAAAUAACAAUUAAAGGAAAUGUGAAGGCUAAAAAGAUAUCACAUCCUCCCAAGGCCAAAUGUUCUAAAUCACCAAAGCCAACAUUGAAGACAUCGACAGACUUUUGUUGCCCAGAAUUAGAGAAGAAAGGGAAAAUUGCAGAUGAACAAAAAGUUGCUGGAAUCAGAGAUAGCAUCCCUUUACAUGGUAGCAAUGGGACUGCAAGCACUGGAAUUAUGAAAAUGAUUGGCUUGAGGAAAUCAACAAAACUUACUGCACUGGCUUCUUCUGAAGUCAGUGAAGUAAGGUACAAGAAGGUAAAGAAGAUUAAGAUGCUGUUUCCUUAUGAUGAAUUUGUAAAGCUAUUUCAGACUGAAGCCAUUGGUAUAUGUCCUAGGGGCCUUUUAAAUUGUGGGAACAGUUGCUAUGCCAAUGCUGUCUUGCAAUGCUUGACUUCUACAAAGCCUCUCGUCAUCUAUCUGCUUUAUAGAUCACAUUCAAACGCCUGUUGUGCUAAAGAUUGGUGUCUAAUGUGCGAGUUAGAGCAGCACAUAAUGAUUUUGAGAGAAAAUGGGGCUCCUUUAUCUCCUAGUAGAAUACUUUGGCAUAUGCGGAGCAUUAAUAGCCACAUGGGUGAUGGAAGUCAGGAAGAUGCCCAUGAAUUUUUAAGGCUUUUAAUUGCAUCAAUGCAAUCUAUAUGCUUAGAGGGACAUGGUGGUGAGAAAAAGGUUGAUCCUAGACUACAAGAAACUACUUUCAUACAACAUACUUUUGGUGGCCGUCUUCAAUCCAAGGUUAAGUGUUUGAAUUGUAAUCAUGAGUCAGAAAGAUAUGAGAACAUUAUGGACUUAACGUUGGAGAUAUUUGGUUGGGUUGAGUCACUGGAAGAUGCACUGACUCAAUUUACUUCCCCUGAAGAUUUGGAUGGUGAAAAUAAGUACAGAUGUGGAAGAUGCACAGCAUAUGUUCGAGCUAGAAAGCAGUUGAGCAUACAUGAGGCCCCUAACAUCUUGACUAUUGUUUUAAAGAGAUUUCAGGAAGGAAGAUAUGGGAAAAUUAAUAAGUGCAUAACUUUUCCUGAAAUGUUGGAUAUGAUUCCUUUCAUGACUGGGACGGGUGAUAUUCCUCCACUUUACAUGCUUUAUGCUGUUGUCGUGCACCUGGACACGCUAAAUGCAUCUUUCUCUGGACAUUAUGUUUCAUAUGUGAAAGAUAUGCAAGGCAAUUGGUUCAGAAUAGAUGAUAUUGAGGUUCAGCCAGUGCUAAUUAAUCAGGUCAUGUCAGAAGGAGCAUAUAUCUUAUUCUACAUGAGGUCGUGUCCCCGUCCUCCUGUAGAACAUACCGCUAAAGUUGUGCAGCAAUCAGUUUCUAAUUUUGCAAAGCAUCAUCCAAUGGAAAUGCAGAAGCCUAAUAAAUCGGGACAUAGCAGACAUGGCAAUCAGAUUUUUGUCUCACAGUCAUCACCCAAUGACAAGCCAGAAAUUGCUACACACAUUGUUGACGCCAGUCAUACCACUAAUGGCUUCCUUAGGAAAAGCACCAAUAGGAAUGCCCUUCCAGUUACACAAACUUAUGCUGAUAAUGUCAGGCAUGAAUUUUCAGAUUGCACACCAAGUGAUUGGUCCCUUUUCACAAGCUCAGAUGAGGCUUCUUUCACAACUGAGAGUACCAGGGACUCCUUUAGUACUGUAGACUAUGGUGAUUCAUGUAACAUGGAUCCAAUUUCAUCUAUCUUCAAUUACACCCCCGAAAACUCCUACAUGAAGUUUUCACAUAGUAAGCCAGGUACAAGGUUCUUCCCUGAAAAGGGUCAUGUUGAACGAGUUCAGAGAAUUGAUCAGUCUAAAAGGGUCAUCCAUUCUUCUAAUGAACAUCCAUCAAAUGGGAAUUGUAGCAUGUAUGUAAAUUAUGGGAGUAAUCCUGUGUAUGGUAUUACUCGGACUUCUAGUCAGUGUGAAUUCUAGUUUUUUGAGAAUCCUAGCUGGUUGAACUGGUUAUUAGAUGGAGUAGGUGCGAUGCCUCAAAGUUUUCAAUAUUUAGUUGAUUGAGGCAUAUAGUUCUUUUAAGCACAGAUGUAUUUUAUUUUUAAUUUUAUUGAUAAUUGUAAAGAUGACAGAAUUGCUCCUUUGAUUAUCUAUUAUUAAUUAUUAUUAAUCCAUGAUGAAAUUCUUUUUCUAGUG